GUGUGUCGUUAAAACCGUGAUGUUGUAUGUACUUUCGAUUAAUUAGUUUUGGAGUUGAGUCAGUUUGACUUGGAACGUUGAGGAGAGAACUCAAGUUGAGCGCAAGAGUGUUUAGCACCAGCAAUUAAAAUCAUUAAAAUGUUCCUGUUUUUGCUUAUUUUACUAGUCAUUUUUGUUGUAUAUAAAAUCCAUGAUUUAGAUACGAAAAAUGGGGAUUUCUUCUUCAAUCGUAACAUUAGGAGUGUUAAGAGAAGAGGUGUCCUAAAUGGCUUAUUAAAGGUUGUACUACGACAAGUUUCAAUGGUGGAAAUUAUUUAUGAAAUGUACUAUGAGCAUCCCCGUGAAAAACUUGUCGGUUUCUGGGAUAUGGGGAGACCGACAAUCCUGCUAAGAGAUCCCGAACUUGUGAAAACGGUUGCAGUUAAGGAGUUCGAUCGCUUCCAGGAUCGUCGAGCUGUGAUUACAGAGCAAAUGGAUGAGCUUUUCGGAAAUUCCCUCCUAAUGCUGAAAGCUCAAAAAUGGAGGGAUAUGCGAUCAACCCUUAGCCCAGCUUUCACCGGAAGCAAGAUGCGCGUUAUGUGUGAACUUGUCGUGGAAAUCUGUGAGCAAAUGGUUGAAUUCGUAAAGCAGGAUGCCAAGGUGAAAGGACCACAGGAAUAUGAAAUGAAAGACCUCUUUUCCCGCCUUACAAAUGACGUAAUCGCCACUUGUGCCUUUGGCGUUAAAGUGGAUUCACUCAAGGAGAAGAAGAAUGAAUUCUAUCUAUCAGCUCAGGUACUUUCGAACUUCCUGGCUCCAACAAAAGGACUCAAAAUUGUCUUCUACCGUCUUAUGCCCACCAUCAUGAAGGCACUCAAUGUUAAAAUUAAUGAACCACGUGAGACAGCCUUUUUGCGAACACUGAUAACUGAAUCAAUGAAGAUAAGGGAAGAGAAAAAUAUCGUACGCCCUGAUAUGAUUAAUCUUCUAAUGGAUGCGAGGAAAGGCAGACUGACUCAUGCAACUUCCGAGAAGGAUUCUUCACAAUCAGCAGGAUUUGCCACAGUUGAGGAGUCAAAUAUUGGAUUGAGAACAGUGCGAAGAGAGUGGACAGAUGAUGAAAUCCUCGCUCAGUGCUUCCUUUUCCUCCUUGCGGGCUUUGAAACCUCAUCUUCGGUUCUGAGCUUUACAGCCUAUGAAAUCGCUGUGAAUCCUGAUGUUCAGGAUCGUCUGUUCGAAGAAAUUAAAGCAGUUCACGAUGAGCUGGAUGGAAAAAGUCUGACUUACGAUAAUCUUCAGAGGAUGAAGUACAUGGAUAUGGUUGUGUCUGAGAGUAUGAGAAAGUGGCCAGCAGCUCCUUUUGUAGAUCGCGUUUGCAACAAAGAAUUUAAGCUAGAAUUCGACAAGGGAAGGUAUUUUGAUGUACCCGUUGAAACUACUUUCUGGAUUCCCAUCGUGGCCUUCCACCGAGAUCCACAGUAUUUCCCAGAUCCUGAAAAAUUUGAUCCUGAACGUUUCAGUGAUGAAAAUAAAUCGUCCAUCAAUCCCAACACUUAUCUACCCUUUGGUGUAGGUCCUAGGAAUUGUAUAGGCUCAAGAUUCGCUCUUAUGGAAGUAAAAUCAAUCCUCUUUUACCUCAUCCUGAAUUUCUCUUUGGAAAUUACGGACAAUACCCAAGUUCCUAUCAAAUUGGCCAAGUCCCUCAAUAGCUUCCAGGCUGAGAAUGGAAUUCACCUCAAACUACGACCACGCGUAUGAUUAAAUGCUCUCCAUUCAUUAUAAUUUUUCAUCAUUAGCAUUACAAAGGGAAAGUUAAAUCAAUAUCCUACCCUAAUUGUAGCAAUAUGCCGCGAUUUCUAAUAAAAUAAACUGAAAGGUCAAA